UUUUUUUUUCUUUUCCUUUUUUUUUUGUUUGGGUUUGAAUUCUCAGAGUAGUGUAGUGAGGAAUUCAGAUAUGGCAAUUGGGCAGUGCAGAGAUGUGGAGAAUGGGGAAACCAAUAGUCUUGAGGAUUUGGAACAGCCCUUUAUCAAACAAGAGAAGAUCAUUGUUGUUGAUUAUGAAGAUGGUAAUAAUGGUUCAAUUGGGAUGGUUUUGAUUAGCACAUUUGUUGCUGUUUGUGGCUCUUUUGAGUUCGGAUCAUGUGUGGGUUAUUCAGCACCCACUCAAUCAGCUAUCAGCCAAGAUCUCAACCUCUCUCUAGCCCAGUUCUCCAUGUUUGGCUCUAUACUGACAAUUGGUGCAAUGCUGGGUGCUAUAACAAGUGGUCGGAUAGCGGAUUUUCUUGGUCGAAAAGGGGCAAUGAGAAUGUCAGCUACUUUCUGUAUUACAGGAUGGCUAGCCAUCUAUUUCUCCAAGGGAGCUCUGUCACUUGACAUAGGAAGGUUUUUAACUGGAUGUGGAAUUGGAGUUUUCUCCUAUGUGGUCCCAGUAUUUAUAGCCGAAAUAGCGCCCAAAAAUCUCCGUGGAGGGCUUGCAACACUGAAUCAGCUCUUCAUUAUCCUUGGAGGAUCGUUUACAUUCAUAGUAGGAACAAUCAUUUCCUGGAGAACAUUAGCUCUGAUUGCGAUUUUGCCUUGCAUUAUCCUGGUUUUGGGUCAAUGGUUUAUUCCAGAGUCACCUAGAUGGUUGGCAAAGGCCGGACGAGAGGAAGAAUUUGAAGUUGCACUACAGAUGCUCCAUGGAAAAAAUGCUGAUGUAUCUGAUGAAAAGGCAGAAAUUCAAGAAUAUAUACUUACUCUACAAAGUCUUCCAAAAGCCAAUAUCGUGGAUUUGUUUCAAAAAAGAUGUAUUCGCUCUGUCAUUAUUGGGGUUGGACUAAUGGUGUUGCAACAAUUUGCUGGUAUUAAUGGAGUACAAUUUUAUGCAAGUGAAACCUUUGAAGCAGCUGGAUUUGCAGGCAGUAUUGGAACCACAGCUUAUGCGUGUCUUCAGAUCCCAAUCACUCUAUUAGGAGCAUUUCUAAUGCAUAAGUCAGGAAGGAGAGUUCUCGUAAUGGUUUCAGCAGCUGGGAUGUUCAUAGGCUCUGUUGUGGUUGGACUUUCUUUUUUCUUUGAAGAUGGUUUGCUGCUGGAUUGGGUACCGAUACUUGCUGUGACUGGUGUGCUGGUUUACGUUGCAUUUUUUUCGAUUGGUAUGGGAGGGCCUUGGGUGAUAAUGUCUGAGAUUUUCCCACUUGAUGUGAAGGGAGUGGGUGGAAGCUUGGUGGUGCUUGUGAACUGGUCUGGUGCCUGGGUGGUUUCCCAUACUUACAACUUUCUUAUGAACUGGAGUUCCUCAGGAACUUACUAUCUGUAUGGUGCAGUCUGUAUUUUGACAAUCCUAUUUGUGGCCAAGUUAAUCCCAGAGACCAAAGGAAAAACUUUAGAAGAAAUAAGAGGAGAAAAUAUAUGA